AUGGUGUGGAGAACAACGUUUGUCACCAUGUCGACUUGCUUCCUUUUAGGCACAACAUUCACGCAUUGGAUAGCUGAUCACGACGUACUGUGGCGAUCACCUGUCACGCCCGAUGCAUUGGCGACAUCAAUAAAGUACUAUUCCUUUUUGAGUAAUGCUCCGAGCGGUCUGGGAUGGGUGUAUAUAGCCGUGGGGAUAGUUGCUCUCUUAAGCGCUGGAGGAAGAGCGAUGAAAGGCUAUCAAGGCCAAAGUGGGGAGAUCCUCUUUGAUGGGGUUCUGUGGUCUGCUAUCGCCUAUACACAGAUUUACGAUGUCUAUCCUACUAUCAAGCUCAUUCCUUCACACUUGCCACAGUCUUUGACCGAUCACAAAGCGUACCCGGAAUUAGUUUCUGCAGUUCGUGACCUUGCCACAAACAAUAUCAUGACAGCUGUCAUGUUGACCGGUAUCAUGCUUCUCCAGGCCGGACGGUGGUACUCGAAGAGAUCGGCUAACGACCUACCUCCAUCCGUUGACAUUUCUGCGGCUUCCACGCCUGGCCGGGCUUCUUCGCCAGAGAAAGAAUCCCUUCCGCUUCCAAAACGGUCAGGGACCCCGUUUCGGGAGUUGACAGCGGAGGAAGCGUUCGAGCUUUCAGGACAAUGA